CCUCACUAGUUUUCUCAUCCUUUACUACCACAUUUGAACACAUUUGAAGUUUACUGUUGAGAUUGAACAAUGUAUUCUAAAAUGGCAAUUCUCAUCCUAAGCCUCUUGGCCAUGGUUCUUAUCUCCUCAGAAGUUUCAGCUAGGGACCUAGUUGAAACUUCCUCUGAUGCAACGAAGGAAGUUGUUGAACAAACUAAUGAUGUAAAUGAUGCCAAACAUUACGGUAGUGGUUACCAUAAUGGUUACCACAAUGGAGGUGGUUACAAUAAUGGGGGUGGUUACCACAAUGGUGGAGGAGGCGGUGGUUAUCAUAAUGGAGGAGGGGGUUACAAUAAUGGGGGUGGUUAUCAUAAUGGAGGAGGUGGUGGUGGUUACAAUGGCGGGGGUGGUUAUCACAAUGGUGGAGGUGGUUACAAUGGAGGAGGUGGUUACCACAAUGGUGGAGGAGGCGGAGGUUACCAUAAUGGUGGUGGUGGCGGCGGUGGUUACCAUAACGGUGGAGGUGGUGGCCAUGGUGGCCAUGGAGGUGGUGGCCAUGGUGAUGUGCAAGAUGAGAACAACACUCAUAAUUGAUAUCAUCAAGAUGCACUUUUUUAAUUACUACAUUAAAAUAAAUGUCGCAAAGACAUCAUGUUCUGUUUAGUAAGAAAGGCUAGAGAUAGACAUCAAUAUAUGCUGGUCUUAAAUAUAAAUAAAAGUCAAAAUAUAUUUGGUCGAAAAUAUAAACCAAAUAAAUUUUGAUUUUUACUUAUAUUUAAAAUCGGGAAAAUUAUCUAUCUUGCCACUGUAGUAUGAAUUUCAUAAGUGAAAAUCAUGUAUAUACCUAUGCAUCGCACUAUGUAGAUGUGGUGAUGAGCUUUUAAAAAAGUUGCAAUGUAUUGAAAAUUAUAUUGAAUAUCACCAUGUUCUUAA